AUGAAGAAAGGGGAGAGUCGUGGCAAGAGGGCGAGUGCCGAGGAGGUGAAGUCGGAGUCGGAGAAAGGGGAGGCAACGAUGCAAGACGAAGGUGAAGCAGGGGAUGCGUUGGUGGCGGCGGAAUCCAUGGCACCGACACAGAUCGACGUGAGGAUGGACGUGACACUCCUCCAUUGCCAGGGCUGCCUUCUCCCCCUCAAGCCCCCGGUGUUCAAGUGCGAUGCCGUAGGGCACGUGGUGUGCUACUACUGCCGUGCCGGGCACCGCGCCGUCUGCAGCCGUGCCAACACCCACUGCGGCCAGCUGGACAAGGUGGUCGGCGCCGCCAAGGUGCCAUGCCCCUACAAGGCGUUCGGCUGCGAGCGCUACGUGGUGUUCCACGAGGCCGCGGACCACCAGCGCGUGUGCCAGUGCGCGCCCUGCACCUGCCCGGAGUCCGCAUGCGCCUUCGUGGGCUCCCGCGCAAUGCUGGUCGACCACUUCGCCGCCGAUCACCAGCGCCCCGCCGUCAUGGUCCGCUAUGGCCGGUCUUGGAGCCUGAGCUUCUCCCUGUCGCACGGCUGGCACCUGCUUGUCGGGGAGGAGGACCGCUGCGUGUUCCUCGUCUCCCUCCGCCCGCUCGGUCCGGGCACCGUCGUGUCACUGAUGUGCCUCAGGCCAGACGGUGAGGCUGAGACGGGGCCCCGGUUCUGGUGCAAGCUCUCCAUUGAGCACCGUAGCGGCGACAAGGACUACGACCUAGUUCUCAUGACCUCGCCGGUGAUCAGCAAUGCGCUGUCCACGUGCGCGCCGGCGUUGGGCCAGGGGAUGUUCUUGGUGGUGCCCCAGGAGCUGCUCUCCGGCGACACGCUCACCCUCAGCGUCCGCAUCGAUCUGAUCCCACCUGCCGCCGCCGCUCCCAAGUCAACUACACCGCAGGCCAGGGCGCCGAGGAGGAUGCAGUGAAGUAUGUUGUUUAUCUCCUUCAUGUUAUGGACCAUUAGUAUGAUUAGUGUA